AUGGAUACAUUCACCAGACAAAAGACGACCGACAUCGCACAGAGAUCGCUCAUCCAUCCUUUCGAGGUAGAAGAACCGCCACUGGAUGGAGUAUCGUAUAGAGCCAAAACGCCACGGAGCAAAUGGCGAACUACGAUAUCCUUCGGAGCCCUGGCUGCGCUCUUGGUAUUAUGUGCGAACGUGGCGAUACUAGUCUGGACGACUCGGACUCACCGAGCGAACCACAAUGGUGCAACGACACUGUUCACCGGUUCCUGUGAACGAACACGACAGAUCACACUCUGGGCGGAUCUGGCCAUCAAUAUCCUCAGCACGAUUUUGCUUAGCGCCAGCAACACUUGCGCCCAACUUCUAUGUGCGCCGACGAGAUCCGAUAUCGAGGCUGCGCACGCUGCAACCAAGUACGUAGAUGUCGGCAUACAAAGCAUGCGCAACCUGUGGUACGUGUCCCGGCGACGCCAUGCUAUGUGGUGGCUUGUAGCGUGCAGCUCAAUCCCACUCCAUCUGUUCUACAACUCCGUGGUCUUUUCCACUCUGUCGGCCAAUGACUACCAGGCUUCUCUGGUCACUGAGUCCUUCGAGAGUGGCGGCUGGUGGAACGAGUCGAGAGUGGCGGGCCUGAACUACCCGUCUUCCAUCUACACCGGGGAAAGCACGAAUGUGAAUCUUGGGCAGCUACACGCCAUUCAACAAGAAGCGGUCGUAAAGAACCUCACGAAGCUGGACAACGCUGCAUGCUUGCGAGCGUACGCACAGAAUAUGUUCGAGUCUGAUUGGCGGAACGUCCUCCUCGUAACGAAUAUUACUCUGAACGACACAUAUAUCACCUCUUUCGAGCACCAUCCCUCCAAGGAUGCUGACUUGAUGUGGGCCUGCAACGCCACCGCGAGCUCCUCAAGUCUCACCCCACCACCUUGCAACGUCGCCGCCCUGAUCUCAAAAGCAGACACUUGGACGAUUCGAGGCGCGAGCCGAUGCUCGUCACUGUGGACUGGCAAUUGUACUACAUUCGAUGCCCCUAUUCAAUACUGUCUCGCCGAACCAUUUCCAGCGCAGUGCACAGUCCAACUCGCAACGCCUCUGCUCAUAGUCGUCAUCAUUUUCAAUGCUGUGAAAUUCAUCUGCAUAGCCAUGACGGCCUACAGCGAUGCAGAACCCAUCACGACUGUCGGAGAUGCGAUCGCCUCGUUCUUGGGCAGGCCGGACAAGCUGACUAAGGGCCAUGGUGCGCUGUCAGCCAAGCAAGUCUGGGAGGACGAAAACUGGCAAGAUGGUCAAAGCCGUGGAAACUAUCAACACAUGCAUUCGUGGAAGACGCAGAGUCGGGCGGGAUUCUACCAGCCGGUGGCGUUCAAACGGCAACGUAGAAGAGCCGGCAGAGGCGUAGGCGCAUGUCAAUAUGCUAUCUGCAUUAUCCUAUGCAUCAUCGCCCUCAUCACCAGUUUCUCCCUCCUCGGCUCCGGUAUCAGCAACAGCUACUCCAACGACAAAAGUAUCACUAGUCAAGGCCUUGGCCAAGCGAGUCCCUUCAAUAUGGUCACCUUAAGCCUCGGCCAGUCACUCAUAGCCAACGUCUUGCUGGCCAAUUUGCCGCAACUGAUCAUAAGCUUCAUCUACGUCUUCUACAACAGCGUGCUCACGGGUAUCCUCUUGACCCUCGAAUAUUGCCGCUUCGCUAGUAAGCGUCAGGCCCUUCGCGUUAGUAGACCGGAGGGAAAACAGCGAGGCACAUAUUGGCUUAACGUCCCAUACUAUUACAGCUUACCGCUGAUGGCUUGUAUGGCGGUCCUGCACUGGCUUACUUCGCGGAGUAUCUUCCUCUUGCAAGUCUCCACCUACGACAACAACGGCAAAGAAGUCCCCGAUCGCGCAAUUAACGCUUGCGGGUACUCUACCCUGGCGACUCUGCUCGCGAGCGUCGUGGGUCUGUUCUUGACGAUCGUUCUGGUAGCUAUGUCUCUGAGGAAACUCGACCCGGGAAUGCCGGCUGCGGGGUCCUGUUCUGUGGCUAUCGCUGCGGCGUGUCAUGGCGGUGAUAGGGACAUGGCGAAGCUGGCGUUGCAGUAUGGAGUUAUUGGGCGAGGAAGAGAGGAAAGGGAUCUGCGGUACGAUUACGGAGAGUGGGAGACUGCGGGCGAGCUUGUCGGUAGCGCGGGUUUGAGGGUUGGCUUUUCUAGCAAGGAGGUCUCGCCGCUUGUUGAUGGUGUCAUCUAUCAUUGA